AGCGUGCCAGCUAACUCCAUUCGCACCACGAGCAAGAAAGGUCCAGAGCGUCUUCAGCAUGGGUGCCUGCGAAUCCAAGGGUGUGACUGAGGAUGAGAUCAAGGUCGAUGUCUCCAGGCAUCCAGCCAUGCAGUCCAUGGACUUGACCACCACACAGAAGAUGGGCUGGAUCAAGGAUAUCCCAGACCCUCGCGAUCUCUACAUGACCUUCAAGUCGGUGGAUGCUCCGAAGGAGAUCAAGAGGAAGGGUGAAGGCAGCAAAGAGAUUGUGGACUUGCGGCCUUUGAACGGUGGAUUCAAGAUCUUCAACCAAGGACACUUGGGCAGCUGCACAGCGAACGCUUUGGCGGCGGCUUUCCACUUCGCACUUCACAAGGAGAAUGUGGAGCAGCAUGAGGGUUUCAAGGACUUCACACCAAGCCGCCUCUUCAUCUACUACAACGAGAGGUAUGUGGAGGGCAGCGUGGACCGUGAUGCCGGGGCGAUGCUUCGCGAUGGGAUCCAAGUCAUGGAGAGGCUUGGCGUUUGCCCCGAGGCCAUGUGGAAGUACGACGACCAAAACGAUUUCUUCAAGAAGCAGCCGGACAAGAACUGCUACGAGUUGGCAACCAAGUGCACCGUGAAGGGCUACGCGCAUGUGGCACAGGAUUUGCAGCAGAUGAAGCUCUGCAUCAAGAAUGGCUACCCCUUUGUGUUCGGCUUCACGGUGCUCACCAGCUUCUCCGAGGCGGCCAAGAAUGGUACGAUGGUGAUGCCGCAGCCUGGCGACAAGGCUCGGGGUGGGCACGCCGUCUGCGCGGUGGGUUACGACGACUUCAAGCAGUGCUUCAUCGUGCGGAACAGCUGGGGAGACGAUUGGGGCGACAAAGGCUACUUCUACAUGCCCUACGAGUACAUUUGCAAGGAGGAGCUGGCGCAUGACUUCUGGGCCAUCAAUUGGGUGGAGGGUUUCAAGGAUGCCGCACCUAAGAAGUGAGGCAAGCCUACACUGAGCCUUCAAAGCUCGGUGUGUUCAUGUGUGUUCUGCGUUCGGGUGGUUCGGUAGGUGGAUCU